AAGUUAAAACCCCCAAAACUUCAGGGUGUUUUCUCACUGUACUCUAUACUUCUAGUUUCAUCGAAAUAUUGAAGAUUCAAGCUCAAGGAGGGACGAAAUCAAAUCGUACAGGGUAGAAAUAGUUCUUGGCUGAUACAAUGUUAGUAAAAGGAAGGAAAAUUGCUGGUAGGGGAGAAGAGAUGACAGCACACUAUGCUUUUGGUCCCCUUGAAGAUGACACGAUCAUCAAACAUAGGCUUCUGACUCGCACAACCACCACAAGAGGUGAACCUCCAUUGAAGAAACUCCAAAAGAAGUUUAUCUCUUUUGCACUUGAGAUUGACAAGGAUGCAGAUAACUAUAAUGAUUGUGAGAGGUUGUACAAAGCAUUUUUACAGGAGAUGACCACCUUUGAGCUCCCACUCCUCAAAAGUAAGGCGGUAAUUGAUGCUAACCUUAGAGAGAAGGAGAACUUCAAUGAGCUCCAAGGAGAGAUCCAACGCCAGAUCUUGCAAACACAGUCUGAUAUUGAAGAUCUGAAGAAACAACUUGAAGAGAGUAAAAUUGAAAGACAACACAAAGAGGAAUGUGAAGCAAUCAGGAAAUUGGUUGCUAUGCAGCCUGCACGGUCAGAGACUCAGAAGCUUAUCACAGAUCUCGAGAAAGAGAUUGCAUUAUUGGAGGCUGAAAGUACUGCUGCUUCAAGAACCUUGGAGCUUCGCAAGAAACAGUUUGCUCUUUUGUUGCAUGUUGUGGAUGAGUUGCAGAACAAUAUAGAGGAAGAACAGAAGAGUUUGGCCGAGGAACAGAGGAUUGCUAUGGAAGAGCAGAAGAUCAGCUUGGAGGAUAUUAACGGUGGUUCUGAAGCCAUGACCGUGGAUUAAGAACACUGUUAAUGCAAAGAUUAUGCACUGGUUUUGGGCCUUGGCUCAAAUUAGGCAUUUUUGCUCUUCAUUGGAUAUGCUGAAUAUCAGGAUUCAGCCAUACGUAGGAGACAAGGUAGUCAUGGACAUUUCUUUUCGGUUUUUUUUUUUUUUUUUAUGGGGAUGAGGGGUAGCCCAUCCCCCAACCCUGGUGGCAGCGGGAUUUGAUCCCUACAUACCUUUUGAUGACAAAUUUCCCACGAGGGUUGUAGGAGGAAUUUGUAGAAAGAUGGUAAAGAGUUAUCCAAUUGUACCGUAGUUUGGUAUUGGAAGAAAAAUACUAGAGGAACAUUAAUGCUAGUUUAUUCAGGAUUCUAAUAGCUUGACACUUGUGGCUUUUAGGCUAUGUUUGGUUUGAAGGAAAAGGUAAGGAAAGGAAGGGAAAGACAGGGAAA